AUGGGGAUUUAUCAGUUCUGGCUGUUCAGGAGUCUGAUGGACUGCAGAAAGAAACUGUCUCUCAGUCGGCUCGUACAGGACCAGAUGCUGCGGAGACAUGUCCUGGAGGAAGGGAAGGUCGGCUCCUACAAUGUGGUGGGCAGUUCACACAACUCUCUGCUGAGCUUUAUGGCUGCCUGCAGUGCUGUUCCUGAACCAGGCAGUGAUGCAGCCGGUCAAGAUGCUCUUCACAGUGCAGUAAUGACCAUUACUGCUGAAAUGAAUGUAAGGUUGGUGAAUGGUGACAGUCGUUGUGCUGGUAGAGUUGAGGUUCUUCAUGAUGGUCAAUGGGGAACAGUGUGUGGUGCUGGUUGGGAUCUGACAGAUGCUGCAGUGGUGUGUAGAGAGGUGGAUUGUGGAGAGGCUUUACAGGCUCCAUAUUAUGCUUACUUUGGACAAGGAUCAGGACCAAUCACAAAGGCUUAUGUGGAGUGUAGUGGAUCAGAGUCCUCACUGAAGAACUGUGGAUCAAUCGACUCGUUUAUUCAGCACUGUUCUCAUGAUUAUGAUGCUGGUGUGAUCUGCUCAGGUGCAAGACUUGUUAAUGGACCUCAUCUGUGCUCUGGAAGAGUCGAGCUGCUUCGUGGUAACACCUGGAUGUCAGUGUGUGAUGCUGUGUUUGAUGAUCAGGAUGCAGAGGUUGUGUGUAGAGAGCUGAACUGUGGGGUUCCUGUACAGCUGCUGGGUGCAGAUACUUUUGGUAAAGGAGAGGAGCAGGUGUGGACACAAGAGAUUCAAUGUAGAGGAAAUGAAUCAAACAGUCGAUUAUGUUCAUAUGCUUCACAUAAAGUAACCUGCUCUCAUGACAAUGAUGUGGGACUGAGAUGUUCUGGUUACUUUGACCACAGACUGGUGAACGGUCCUGAUAUCUGCUCUGGUCGAGUUGAAGUUCGAUACCUUAAUGAGUCGAGAACAGUUUGUGAUGCAUGCUGGGAUAUGAGAGCUGCCAAUGUCCUCUGUAGAGAGCUGAAAUGUGGGAUUGCUGUGUCUGUUGUGGGAGUGGACUGGUUUGGAGAGGGAUCUGGUGAAAUCUGGGCUGAUUGCUCUGGGACUGAAGAUCAUCUGAGGAACUGCAGCUCUCCACAAACUCUCAGCUGUAGCUCCAGACAACAGCUGGCAAUCACCUGCCUUGGUCAGAGGUCCAUCAGACAGCUGCAGUGUGGAGUGGCUCUCAGUAAUCAGCCAGUACCAGCCUGGUUUGGUCCUGGUUCUGAACCCAUAUGGCUGGAUGAUGUGGACUGUGAGGGGAAUGAGACGUCACUGUGGAGCUGCUCUUCACGGAUCUGGGGAGAUCAUGACUGUAUACAUAAGGAUGAUGUAGGAGUUUUGUGCUCAGAGUUUAAAGAGCUCAGGUUAACUGAAGGCUGUAAAGGGAAUGUGGAGGUUUUCUACAAUGGAUCCUGGGGUAAUGUUUGCUGGAAUCAGAUGGAAAGUGACACAGCGAGUCUGAUCUGUCAAGAGCUGAACUGUGGAAGAUCUGCCAGUCUGUCUGAUUCAACAUCAAGAGUGCCAUCAGCUCAUAACUGGUUGGAUAAUGUUAAAUGUCGACCACAUGACUCAAAUCUGUGGCAGUGCCCGACUUCACCCUGGGGACAGAAUUACUGUAGUCAAAAUGAAGUGGCUCAUAUCAUCUGCUCUGAUGAGAUAAAUGAGUCACCUCGAAGUCGUCUGUCAUGUUCUACCUCAGCAUCUCCUUACCAGAAACAAUGUUCAAACUGA